AUGCUAGGGAGAGGAAUAGAUCAAAUCCUACCAUAUCAUUGUAACCCAAGGAUAUAUCAGGAGGACGCGAGCGAUGCUAGAGAAUACAUUCAACUUGCCGUGGAGAAGAAUGGCCCGCUGCCCAAGCACAUCGGAAUGGAGUAUGUCUGGGGAGAUGCCUUACAGAUCCUACGAGAGAAAAGACCAGAUUUCCGUUUGAUCAACCUAGAAACUGCCGUCACUACAAGCGAAACCCCGUGGAUGGGGAAAUCAUUUCACUUCCGGACGCACCCUCAGCAUGUGCAAUCUUUGCGAGCAGCCGGUGUGGACUGCUGUGUCCUCAGCAACAACCACGUGCUGGAUUGGGGCUACCCCGGUCUGGCUGAGACACUUACUACUUUAAAGGAAGCGGACUUGAAGUACGUUGGCGCAGGAGAGAAUAUAUAUGAAGCGCAACUGCCGGCGAUCUUUGAAGUUCCGAACUAG